GCCGCGCCGAGAAAAGCGCCGGCCGGAGGGCCCGCGGCCGGGCCGCCUGGGUGAGCGUGCCGAGGCGGCUGCGGCGCAGGCUUCCAGCCCCACCAUGCCGUGGCCCCUGCUGCCGCUCCUGCUGCUGCUGCUGCUGCUGGCUGCAAGCGGGGCCCAGACCACCCGGCCCUGCUUCCCCGGGUGCCAGUGCGAGGUGGAGACCUUCGGCCUCUUUGACAGCUUCAGCCUGACACGGGUGGAUUGCAGUGGCCUGGGCCCCCAUAUCGUGCCCGUGCCCAUCCCCCUGGACACAGCCCACCUGGACCUGUCCUCAAAUCGGCUGGAGACGGUGAACGAGUCCGUGUUGGCAGGGCCGGGCUACACCACGCUGUCUGGUCUGGAUCUCAGCCACAACCUGCUCACCAGCCUCUCGCCCACGGCCUUCUCCCGCCUCCGCUACCUGGAGUCGCUCGACCUCAGCCACAAUGGCCUGGCCGCCCUGCCCGCCGAGAGCUUCACCAGCUCACCCCUGAGCGACGUGAACCUGAGCCAUAACCGGCUCCGCGAGGUCUCCGUGUCUGCCUUUGCCACCCACAGCCAGGGCAGGGCGCUGCACCUGGACCUCUCCCACAACCUCCUCCACCGCCUGCUGCCCCAUUCCUCGCAGGCUGGCCGGCCGGCGCCCACCAUUCAGAGCCUCAACCUGGCCUGGAACCGGCUCCGCGCUGUGCCCGACCUCCGGGGCCUGCCCCUGCGCUACCUGAGCCUGGAUGGGAACCCGCUGGCAGCCAUCGGCCCCGGCACCUUUGAGGGGUUGGCGGGCCUCACUCACCUAUCGCUGGGCAGCCUGCAGGGUCUCCCCAGGCUGGCGCCCCACGGCUUCCACGAGCUGCAGGGCCUGCAGGUCCUGGACUUGUCCAGCAACCCCAGGCUCCAGUGGGCAGGGCCUGAGGUGUUCUCAGGCCUGGGCUCCCUGCAGGAGCUGGACCUGUCGGGCACGGGCCUGGUGCCCCUGCCCGAGAAGCUGCUCGUCCACCUCCCUGCACUGCAGAGCAUCAGCGUGGGCCAGGGCGUGCAGUGCCGGCGCCUGGUGCGGGAGGGCACCUACCCACGGCAGCCUGGCUUCACCCCCAAGGUGGCCCUGCACUGCAUAGACACCCAGGAGUUAGGUGCCAGGGGCUCCAAUACCUUGUGACGAAUAGUGUGGCCUGGGGCCGUGUAACAGACUGUGCCCUGGGUUUCCUCAGGUCCUGGGUAAUUUAUAUUCUAAUGUGCCAAUGCCCAUAGGGACUCUCCGUUCCUGUGUGGCAGCAUCAUUGAAAGAGAGGCUUUUUUUUUUCAAAAAAAAAAGAGGCUUUGAACCUGGGACCCACACCCAGGAGGAAAGUUUUGCCCGUCUGUCUAUGUUGCUCCCCAGACCAUAAGCGGAGGGUCUUCGAUGCCAAACCAGACAGCAGCCCCCUGCUGUCCUUCCCCACUUGUCCCCAAAGUGCCUUCCCUGAGGCCUGGACCAACCUGACCUGUGACAGGAGAGGGGCGGGAGGGAGGUCCAGCCACUCGGAUGUGGGUUCUUCUAUGACAUAAAUCUCUCUCUGUUCUGGCCAUGUGAGGCCUACCUCAUUCUUUUUUAUUCCCCUAGAACUCUGGAUAGGACUUCAGUUAUAGAAAGGAUGGGAGAAAAAUGUCAAGCCCACUUCCUCAUGUGACAGAUGGGGAAACUGAGGCCUAGAGAAGGAAAGAUGGUGUUCAGAGGUCUUCCAGCAGCAGAGGCAUGAGUGAAUCAGUGUCUUGCCUGCCUGCCCACAGGGCCCAUUUGCGCUUUUCUCUCUUCUCUAAAUCAUGUCCCCCCUCCCCUUUCUGGGCUCCCCCUUGCUUCCAAGACUCACAUCCUCCCAUUUGCGCCCUUUCCCUGUCAUCCCCGGGAGGGCAGGCCAGGGCCUCGAGGGUGGCGCUCUGGGCCCAGUAACUAGCUGUGGCACAGGUUAAGUCAGUUCACCUCGGAGCCUCUGGAAGCCUCAGGGGUGCCAGUCCCAGUUUCCCACUCGGGUGGCAUCCCCCAGCAUCCAGAACGGAAAUGUGCUCCUUGACCCCUGAGGUCCUGCCUUUAGCUGGUUCCCCAGGACCUGAUGCAGCCCUGGAGCCCUGCCAGCUCCAAGGGGCCUCCUGGAGUCAGCCCCUACUGGCCUUGUGCCCGACAGCCCAGCUCAGCCUACUGUGAACGCAGCCAAGGAGGCAGGGUAGCCCCCACCCAUGUUUAUGCUUCCCCACCAGGGUGGCAUCUCAGCUUCCCAGCCCUGGGCGCUUUCCUUAGUAUCAGUUUCAUAAAAGUUGUUGCCUUUUUAAUGGACUGUCACUUAGCACCACCCCCCGCAUCCAGGUCCCUGCUGGCAGGGGAUUGGAAAUAUGUCAUUUUUAAAGAAGGAAGAUAUUGCAUUUGUUCACUUUUGUAACACUGUCCUGGGGAUGAGCUGGGAGAAGAGGCGUUGGGUAGAAGUCAAGCCGUACGUCGCCAUGUGGGCAUCCGUGGGGCUGGUCCCUCAGAGACGCCCACAGGACAACGAGAGCUCUGUCCUCCCCCACGAGCCACACCCAACACCUUGGUUUAAUAAACACUACAAAGAGUC